AUGCAUCGCUCCACCAAACUGGACCUGCCAUUCCUCACCACCUCUCUCGCCUUUGUCCGGCACGUGAUGUUCAGUAGAUCCGUUCCUCGAGCUGCGACCCGGCUCACCGCAUUCGCACCAUGUGAAGCGCACACGGCGCAAAAGUUCGCAAAGCUCCCCACACAGCGAUGCCACAAUGUCCAGCAGCAAUUGGGACGCCGGUACCGCUCCACAUUCCGUGCGCAGUUUGGAGAGCAGUAUAGGAAGAGCCCUGUAUUGUUUCCCUUUGCAGUUACAGUUAUCGUUGUAGUGUCUGCUAUGGGGUUUCUCUAUGUCCCAUGGUACUAUAAGAAUGUCAUCAUAAAGCCCUACCACAACUUCCCCGAACCCGUCGCAAAGAAGCUCCGCAAAGCCCUCUUCUACAGCCGCGGGAAGUGGCUCGACAUCCGCGAAGCCAACAAGCACUUCCGCCAAGCGCUGGCGCUGGCCGACGAGAUGGGCAUGGACCCCUUCAGCGACGAGAUCAUGGGCGUCAAAUACGUCAUCGCCGCGCUGUUCGAGGACGCGGGCUACUACAGUCUGGCGGUCGAUGUGCUGGAAAUCAUGCGCAAUGAUUGUCAGAGAUGGGUGGAUGAGUUUUCGGAUAAGCACUGGCACAACGGGAACCGGAGCAGGGUCAUGAAGAACAUGGUGCAGAUCAAUGUCAAGCUGGCGCAGCUCUACGAUAUAAGGUAUGUGAAUGAGCCGGAGAAUGGCGAGAAACGGCUGGUUGAGGCGGUUGAAAUGGCCCUGCGCGAGCAGCAAAGAAGAGAAAAGGAAGGCCUGAAGACAGGCGAAGGCCCAUGGCUUACCGACGACGAGAUGGGCGGGACGCUGGAGGCCCUCGGAACCCACUACGAGCAAUUCGACUCGCACUACCUCGCGACCCCCCUCUUCGUCAAAGCCCUCGAACUAGCGCCCCCUAAAUCCUGCCACAGCGUCGUCCUCAUGAACAACAUCUCUACCUGCCUCGCCCAGCAAUCCCCCUCCUCCUCGUCCGACGCCAUAACCAUGUCCACCGCACCCUCUGACUUCCCUGUCACCAACACCGCGCCACGAACACUCCUCAUUGAACAAGCGCGCCAGUGGGCGACGAAAGCCUUAGAACAGGCAUCGACGAUCAAGGGCGCGGAGAGGACUGAAGAGUGCGAUGUGGGCUGCGCCGUUGCGACGCAUAACCUGGGCGAGUUCUUUGAGAUGGAGGGGAAGAUCAAGGAGGCGAGGGGGAAGUACGAGGAGGCCGCGAAGUUAGCCAAGAGCGUGGGCUUUGCCGAGGGAGUGACGGCGGCGAAGGCCGGCUUAGUGAGGUUGAGGGACAUGGAGAAGAACGCUGUCUGA